AAAAGAGAAGAUGCUUCGGUUCGCUCGUCCCUUCCUCCGCGCCGUGGCCGUCCCGCGCUCGCUGGCGCCCGUCCGUAGCAUGAGCACGUUCGACAUGUUCGCGCCUUCUCAAAGCGUGCUGCCGAUCCAGGCCAGCUUCGGCAUGACAAUCCCGCAGGUCCCGACGACGUCGAUGAUCAUCCCGACGGUCAUGGAGUGCCCCGAGAUGAACGACACGAUGGGCCCGAUCCUUGCGAUCAAGCGCACGUACCAGCCUAGUGUAUUACGACGAAAGCGCAAGUUCGGCUUCCGUGUGCGCAAGGCGUCGCUCGGCGGCCGCAAGGUCCUCAACAACCGCUUCCUCAAGGGCCGCAAGCGCCUGUCUCUCUAAGCCAAGCAGCGAAGUCGACGUCCAUGUCGCUUUCUAGUGUAUACAGACAGAGAAGACGAAGCACAGGACGAAGAAGCAGAAUAGAAAAACACAAUGUGGCCUUGA